GUCAAAACAAAACCUUUAAGAUAUAUGGUUAUAUUGUGUAAAGAAAACUAUGAUAAAACAUCAUAAAAAUAUGAAUUAUUAGUUUAAAUGACAUGAUUCCAAGUAGGAUUUUUCUUUGGAUUGUUAUUUUUCCAUCAAAUGUUUACUUGUUAAAAGAUGUAGUUUUCGUGGUGGAUAAGUCAGCCAGUUUGUCAGCAGAGGAUUUCUCAGAAGCUGUAGAUUUUAUAUACAAUGUGACUAAAUUCAUCACAGUUGGUUCAACUGCGACUCAAUUCUCGGUAGUGACGUUUUCUAGCGAUAUCACAGAACGUUUUGAUUUGAACGACUACUCAACAAAUGCUACGAUACUAAAUGCUAUUAGUGGCCUCAAAAGUAUCACACCAAGUGGUAGCACGUACACAUACGAUGCUUUAACUUUUGUACGGACGUCUUCCUUCUUAUCUUCAAAAGGAAGUCGUUCUAAUGCAGAUAAGACUGUUAUUAUAUUGACCGAUGGACAAUCCGUCAAUUACCCGAGAACUGCAACAGAAGCUGAUUUACUCAAAACUAAUCUUGGUGCGGAGGUAUUCUCCAUUGGAAUAGGCUCAGCUAUAUCAGCCAGUAAUGUUGAGUUAUUAAGUAUGUCCAGCGACCCUGAUUCGUAUUAUUCCCAUCACGUGGAGUCAUAUAUCGAUCUGUGUAGUCUUAUUCCGACCGUCGUUCCUAAGAUCGAUCCAACAGUUACUCCUGAUGCUGUUAGUGGGUGUCCAGCGGCUGCAGCAUCAACUUCUCCAGAUGAUAACACAGUAGUAGUAGCCGGAGUGGCGGCUGCAGCAGCUGUAGCAGGAAUAGGCCUUACCGCACUUAUUGCCUCUUUACUUGAAAAGAAAGUGAGGGGAUUAUUUGGUAAAAACAACAAGGUAGAUCCCUAUGACAGUAUGACCAGACAAGGAACAAACAGAGCCAUUUUUGAUGCUAAUGCCCUGAAUGAUCCCUCAGCCAGAGAAGUACCAGCUCCAGAUGUUUGAAAAGCGAAAAGUUUUUACAUAAGAUUCAAUCUAUUUUUUCUCGAAGGAAAUAA